AGAGAACAUGACGCCAACUCGGCGUAUGCCGACUCGUGUAGCAAACAUCUUGCCGACUUUCUGAGUUGUUGAUCUGACUUGAGGGAGAUUCAGGUGAUUUCCCUUUUGGGAACUAUUUUUUCCAAUUAUUCCGACGCAACAUGAAUGCAGCGUAACUAUCUAGCAAUAGGAGGCUUCCAGGAACAACAACGUCUCUCUCUGAUGUGCUGUCAGUGAUUUUCCGUGAACGCUGGUUGUGAACAACAGGCAGCAGCUGGACUGAUGCUGCUUCCAGCAUCUGAACUGAACUGAACUUGAACUGAUUGGCAUCUCUUGUAUUGGUGAGACUCUGUUGCUGCCAUGUCAAGGCGAAGCAGGAAUAGUCGUGCAUGGCGAUAUGUUUGUGGUGGGAUACGACGGGAUGCUGAUGCUCAGGCACUUGAAGAAUGGAGCUAUGACCGCUUAGAGUACAGUGAUUCAGACUCUGAGGCAGAUUAUUCAGCAGUGAUGGUCCCUCCAGUCCCCAGUGCAGUGCCUGUCACCGGAGAGUCCUACUGUGGCUGUGACUCCCAGGCUGAGACUAACUACAACCCUCGUCUGCGAGGUUUUCACCAGGUUAAAGACUGCCACUGUGGAGAGGAUGACCAAGAGUUUGACUGGGUUUGGGAUGCCAACAGCCGAUCGACAGCAACAUUGCUGAGCUGCGACAAUCGAAAAGUGAACUUUCACUCUGAAUACAGCUGUGGCACAGCAGCAGUCCGUGGCUCCAAAGAGCUGGCUGAAGGGCAGCACUUCUGGGAGAUCAAGAUGACGUCCCCAGUGUAUGGAACAGACAUGAUGGUUGGCAUCGGUACUUCUGAUGUCAAUCUAGACAAAUACAGACACACGUUCUGCAGCCUGUUGGGAAAAGAUGCCGACAGCUGGGGUCUUUCUUACACUGGCUUGUUACUUCAUAAAGGAGACAAGAUGAACUUCUCCUCCCGGUUUGGACAGGGGUCCAUCAUUGGAAUCCAUCUGGACACGUGGCACGGCACACUCACUUUCUUCAAAAAUCGCAAGUGUAUAGGUGUUGCUGCCACAGAGCUACAAAAUAAGAGGUUUUAUCCGAUGGCAUGCUCCACAGCAGCGAAGAGCAGCAUGAAGGUGAUCAGAUCCUGCUCUGCGUCCACCUCCCUGCUUUACCUUUGCUGUGCUCGCCUUCGCCAGCUGCUGCCGGACUGUAUGGACACCCUGGAUGUGUUACCCCUGCCGCCCGGCCUGCGCCAGUUGCUCCACAACAAACUGGGUUGGGUGCUCAGUCUCAACAGUGGCACCACAAAUGGAGUCCCAGAAGGGCCCGAGCGCCCCCCACGCUCGCCCGUCCCCCCUUUGGCUGGACCGUCCUCCUCUGAGAGUGACUCGGAGGGUUGUACGUCUGACCCCGAAGCCUGUCAGAGGAAGAGAUGCCGCUGGACAUGACGGGACAGCUCGACUCCUACCUCCUCUUAAACACUGGCAGACGUUAAUGUCCUGUGGUGUCUAAUCUAGUGUUUCCUCCCGCCCCAAGCUUUCCUCAACGUCAGUGUUAUCCAGUAGUGAAGAAAAUAACCAGGAUGGGAGUGGUACCUAGGUGGAAAACUGUGAAGGUAGUAUUUCUGCCUACACACUUUUACUGUGAUCUUCUCUCAUGCUAUUCAGAUGUCUUCAUGCUUCAUACAUUCAGUAUCCAAACCAGCUUCAGUAAUAAGUAAAAAGAUGUGGUGUUAUGUUGUUAGCUAUCAUAAUUUGUUGCAAUAAUGUAUGGGGAUUAGUGAAAUGGUGCAGCAAUGGACAGUGUAACACUGAAGUCAAGUAUGGCCACAUUUUUGUGGUCAUCAUGAUACAUUUGCAAAAAGGGGGUUCAAAAGGAGAGACUGUAUAUUUUCUGUGUUUUAAACCUGUAUGCAAAUAACGUAUAUUGUUCUCAACCUCAAUGUUAUCAAUGCAUUAUCAUAGUAAUCUGUUACCUGUUUUAUUUGCAUCUGCAUUUUUUUUGUUAGGUUGCCAAAGUGAGAAUGAGUGGGGCACUAUGUCCUGUGAGUGGAAUCUACACACAAUAUGUCAUAAAAUAUUCUUUAUUUCUUACCCACAGGUUACAGCUCUUAAGCAAAAACUUAACAAUAACACAACAAUCAAAAAA